AUGUCUGCCAGGAGACAGGCGUCGACGACCUCCCUAUCACGAUAUGCGCGAGCUGGUUCCCCCGACUUCUCCAGCCGAUCCCUCGACUUCUGUAACGCGUUCUGGGGUCUCGGCGAUGGCGGUGUCGAAGUCCUCUUUGCGCGCAUGCGGGGCGCGAUGAGAACGAUGGAGGAGCUGAGGAGCUUCUGGAAGGAGCGCGCGGCCAUCGAGCAACAAUAUGCAAGCAAGCUUGCUGCUCUUGCGAAGAUCACGCUAGGAAGGGAUGAGAUUGGGGAAUUACGCGCUUCGUUAGAUACCCUGAAGCAAGAGACCGAGAAGCAGGCCCAAGCCCACCUUGUCGUUGCCCAGGCGAUCAAGGCCGACCUGGAAGGUCCGACUUCGGCGUUCAUUCAGAAACAGCAGCACCACAAGCGCAACUUGCAGGCUGCGAUCGAAAAAGAGUUCAAGACGAAGCAGACGCAGGAAGGGUACGUGAACAGGGCACGGGAGAAGUAUGAGGCAGACUGCGUGCGAAUCAACUCGUACACUGCGCAGAGCACGCUGAUUCAAGGCCGAGACCUGGAGAAGGUCCAUCUGAAGUUGGAGCGAGCACAGCAGACGGUGCAAGCGAACCAGCGCGACUAUGCGAACUUUGCGCGCGCUUUGCAGGACACGAUGCAGAAGUGGGAGCACAGCUGGAAGGGAUUCUGCGACAGCUGUCAGGACCUGGAGGAGGAGCGGAUAGAGUUCAUGAAGGACAACAUGUGGGCCUACGCGAACGCCGUGUCGACGGUGUGUGUGUCUGACGACGAAUCGUGCGAGAAGCUCCGUCUCGCUCUGGAGCAGCUUGAGGUGGAGCGGGACAUGGAAAACUUCGUGCGCGAUUAUGGAACCGGAAACGCUAUACCCGACCCCCCUCCCUUCAUCGACUACACGAGCCCUGACGCACAACCUGCUUCCUCGCAACGUCCCAGUACACAUACAUCCAAUUUCGCCCGGCAAACCCAGCGUCAGCGACAGGCACCCAUGCCACUGAGCCAGCCUGAGCCUGAACCCGAGCCCCCUGUGGACAUGACUGGAGUGGGAGCCGCGGCUCAGCCACCGCAACGGUCAGGUACCCAGAGUAGGGCGAGCACGCGCGGCGGAGAUUAUCCCCAACAGGCGAACGGCGCAGUCGGCAACGGACGGGUCACUCCUAACGUGGGCACUCGUCCUGCGGACCCCCACGCAGACCCGAUUGACCCGACCGCGACGACGAUGCUCCGGGUUGGACCAAACGCCUAUGAGGUCAACCUCGACCGCGAUCCACAGGCGAACGGCGUUUCUGCGGGUGCACCAAACUCUGCGGCUGCCCGAGUGGGACAGGAUGACGACCCGUUACAGCGUCAGCUAAAUGAGCUUCGCAAUGCAGGCGGUGGAAGCGUACGGCGCAGCGGGCAGUGGAAGCCACAAACGACACAGUCGCCUCCUGGUGCGUCGGGGCUGUCACCGCCGCCCGGCACGACGCAGCGGAACCGUGACUAUCGCAACUCGGCGGAGAUCGUCGUUGGGUCGUAUCCCGCAGCCGCGCCGCCAGCAGCGUCUCGUCCGACGUCGCCCAACAUCACCAAUGUGCACAUGCGCCCGCCUUCAACGCAAGGUCCUCCCAGUUCGACGUCUGGCAUCUCAGUCCAGAGCGUCCUCCAGGACUAUCAGCAGUCCUUCCCUGGCGAGCGCAAGUCGAUCAGCCGGUCCAACAGUCGCUCGAACAGCAUAUCCAUACCCCAAGGAUCAAGUAUACGGGAGCGUCCCCUCAGCUCGGAAAGCGGCCAGGCGGGUAUCGGCGCCCAGGGACGCAGCACCAGUCCUCAACCGUUCGCUCCGCUAUCGCGCAGCGCGAGUCCUGCAAUGCAGGGUCCUCCCGUGUCGAACCGCAACAGCUUCGGUCGUCCACCCGCCGGCGGACCUCCCCCCGGUGCGGGCCACGCACACUCUGGUUCUAAUGUUCGGCAAGGUUCCAUUUCCAUCCCGUCGCAGCCUGCCCAUCAACAGCGCCCAACAAGCCCUGGUAUCGGUAUUCAGCUGGACCCGAGCGGCCGUGUCGUCGCAGACGAUAUGGCCGCGAUCUACCAACGCCAGCCUCAGCAGACACUCCCUGCCCAACCGCAACCUCCGUAUGGGGCCCCACCACCCGUGCCUGCCGCGCAGCAGCCUAUACAACGUCGCCCGAGCUACAACGCAGGACCGAACGGUGCGCCAUUCGCUGGGGGACCACAGUAUGGCGCUGGACAAGCGCCGGUAUAUAACCAGCCCCCGCAACAGUAUGCUCCGCCUGUGCAGCCGCCCCAGCAGACAUAUGGUGCGCCGCCGCCUCAGCAGGGAGGAUACACGCAGGGAUAUCAGCAGCAGCAGCCGGCUUAUGGACAACAACAGCAGGGUGGUGCUCUUGUCCAACGUGGACCGUCGGUGAACGGGUAUUUCCCUCAGCAGCCCCAGCAAGCACAACCUCUACAGCAGCAGCAACAGCAGCAACAGUACCGGGCGCCAAGUCCGCGCGCACCGUCACCUCAGCCUCAGGGUGGUCAGCCUCCGCCGACUGGACAAUAUACAGACGACGGGCGCGGCGUAUUGUUCUACGUCAAGGCAAUGUACAACUACCGCGCGACGAUAGACGAGGAGUUCGACUUCCAGGAAGGCGACAUCAUCGCCGUCACUGCUACCCCUGAGGACGGCUGGUGGAGCGGCGAGCUGCUCGAUGAAACGCGGAGGCAGCCCGGGCGGCAUAUCUUCCCGAGCAACUUCGUCUGUCUAUUCUGAGCACGCGCCGCAGAGGUGUGUUCGUCCUAAUGCUUACUCUACUAGGAUGCGCAUUUCUUUCUCCAUCCCGCAUCUUCAUGUUUUACAUUCCCCCAUUGAUGGCUUUCCCUGAUGUUCGUCGCGUACGGUCGUUCCUCCAUCCGUACGGGUGCUGAUGCCAUGCCACGCUCCUUCCUCCCUACUUGUCUACUUUGCCAGUCGCCCGUUACGCUACAUAAGUUAGGUUGUCGUCUUAUGACGAUAUGCUCUCAUCUCUCUCGUUGCCUCACGUCGACCGGUGGAUUACAUAGCUCUAAUUUAUUGCUC